GCUCAUUAUCCCAAAAACCCUAACAUAAAUCGAAAAAGGAGAGAAAGUUGAGUAUGGAGAAGCUCGUCCUAACCCUAAUGCUAAUCUUAUCCUUAUCAUCGGAAGCCCACUUUGUCUCUGAGACGAUGAAGAUUACGCGCAUCCAUUUCUACCUCCACGACAUCAUCGGCGGCGACAGCCCCACCGUGUGGCGCGUGGCGGACAGCAACCUAACCGACGUACUGACCUCGGCGUUCGGGAUGGUACUGGUGCUGGAUAACCCCGUCACGUCCGGGCCAGAGCUAGACUCCGGGGAGUUUGGGCGGAUGCAGGGGACCGUGGCGCUGGCCGACCUCCGCGAGCAGGCUCUCGCGAUGGUCCUCAACCUUGUGUUCACCAAGGGCGAGUUCGAGGGCAGCACGCUUAGCAUUCUCGGCCGGAACCCGUUGGGCGCCGAGUUGAGGGAGGUUUCAAUCGUGGGCGGCACGGGCGCCUUUAGGAUGGCCACCGGUUAUGUUAUGAUUACCACUUAUUAUAAUGACCCCGCUAUGGUUCGUAAUGUGUACGAUUACACUUUGGUCGUCUAUCAUAUGGAUUCCAACUUCGUGUAUUGAUCCAAUACAGUUACUGUUUGGCAUGAGUUUUAAUAUUCGAUAUGUAAG